AUGGCCUACUACCGCAAUCAAUGUGACAGCUACUUUGUGGAGUCUCAUGAAGACCAGGAAAAGAGGUUCCGAGAAGAGCUGAGGGAACGCGAUAGGCGCCAGAAAUGGCAAACACAGCUUGCCAUUGCCGAGGAUCUAUCUCAACUGAUAAGCUGUGAAUAUCGAGACGAUGUUCUGCAGCACAUGGAAACGAUGGAGGGCAAGACGUUGCCAGAUGUUGCCUCAAUCGACAUCCAGACAGAGAUCAAAUGGUUCAUGCGUCCAUACCUCGUUGACUUCUUGAUUGAAGCUCACACAUCGUUCGGCCUGCUACCAGAGACUCUCUUCUUGACCAUCAACCUACUUGACCGAUAUUGUUCUCGCCGAGUUGUAUACAAGAAGCAUUACCAGCUGGUGGGAUGUUCGGCAUUGCUCAUAGCUGCGAAGUAUGGUGACCGAAAAGACCGCGUGCCCACCAUCAAAGAGCUCAAGCAAAUGUGUUGUGGACUCUACGAAGACGACAUGUUCACUCAGAUGGAAUGGCAUGUGCUGCAGACUCUUGACUGGAUCAUUGGCCAUCCUACGAUUGACAGCUUCCUCCAAUUGGCGCUUGAGAAGGUGGCUUACGAUCCAGAAGUGGAGCACAUGGCAUGCUAUAUCUCAGAAAUCGCCAUGUUUCAGAAGGAGUUCGUCUCCAAGCGCCCAUCCGACAUGGCUCGUUCUUCAUUGGCUUUGGCACGGUGCAUCCUCAGCCGCCCCCAAGCUUUAAGUACUGAAUGGGUCGCGAAAUAUGACUCUGAUACCUUGUUCACUCUGUCCAAGCAACUACUUCGACCCUCCAAGGUCCUGCGUACUAAGUAUCAGGCGGCUCAUCUUUCGCGAGUAUCCAUCAUUCUAGAGGACGUCCUAGCUAGGCAAGUCUCGAUCGGCAGAUGCUCUGCCAAUGCUCCACCUACCCCGCCAUCGGAGAAGUGCUCUGAGAAUUUUGGAAAUUUCCCACACAACGUAAUGCCCGUCACGCCGACGAAGCCAUCACAACUUGUUCCCGGCAUCAACAAUGGUUGCCCCACGCCUCCAAUUACCCCAACACACGAGGAGUACUUCAACGUCAAUCAAAAUCCAUUUAAGACCAAUCAAAAUCCAGGUCUGGGAGGCAUACGUCGUCCGCCAACCCCUGGAAGCCUGCCGCGAUUCCAGCAACAAGCAGUGCCAUUCUCGCUGCCACCAAUCAGUCAGAUGGCUCCGAUGUAUUAG